UGGGAUAAGAUAUCUUAUGAACAUACUGUCUACCACGAGAUACUGUUUCUUGCAGCGAAUUAAAUUUUCAUCAAGUCAUUGUUCACUGUGCCAAAACUACAUUUACCACAAGCCAAGUGCCUCCCCUUUUGCUGCCCGGAAUUAAGGGAGUGGAAGAUUUACAGCCAAUUACCUAAGUUGCUGUGAAUUGGUCGUACUCUUAUCGUUCAUAUCGUUCGAAAUUUGAAGUGCUUUUAAACUGGCGGUCCACAUUCAUGUAACUCCUCAGUAAUAGAUACCGAAAUCAGGACAUUGCGGUCACCAUAAGAAAGACGAGAGCGAUUGGAAUAGAGAGACCGACCGCGCAACAAACAUGCCUCGCAUUGAGAACGACAUCAAGUUGGACUUCAAGGAUGUCCUGCUCCGUCCAAAGCGCAGCACGCUCAAGUCUCGCAGUGAGGUGGACUUGACGCGCAGUUUCUUCUUUAGGAACUCCAAGGGUACCUACAGUGGGAUCCCGAUCAUCGCAGCAAACAUGGACACUGUAGGAACCUUUGAGAUGGCCGUGGCUCUGCACAAGUUCUGUCUCUUCACCGCCGUUCACAAGCACUACUCUGUGGACCAGUGGAAGGAGUUUGCAGUCCAGAACCCCGAUUGCCUGGGGAGCAUGGCGGUCAGCACGGGGACCGGCGAGGGGGACUUCGACAAGCUGACCUCGGUGGUGGCCGCGGUGCCCCAGCUGCAGUACAUCUGCGUGGAUGUGGCCAACGGCUACUCGGAGCACUUUGUCCACUUUGUCAAAGACGUCCGUGCCAAGUUCCCUUCGCACACCAUCAUGGCAGGAAAUGUGGUCACUGGAGAGAUGGUGGAGGAGCUGAUUCUGGCUGGUGCUGACAUCAUCAAAGUCGGCAUUGGACCAGGCUCUGUGUGCACCACGCGCAGGAAGACUGGGGUCGGGUACCCACAGCUGAGCGCGGUGAUCGAGUGUGCUGACGCAGCACAUGGCCUGGGGGGGCAUAUCAUUUCAGACGGCGGAUGCACCUGCCCUGGUGACGUCUCGAAGGCUUUUGGUGCGGGGGCCGAUUUCGUGAUGCUUGGCGGGAUGUUGGCGGGUCACUCUGAGAGCGGAGGGGAAGUCAUCGAGAAAAACGGACAGAAGUACAAGCUGUUCUACGGCAUGAGCUCCGACACGGCCAUGAAGAAACACGCCGGAGGAGUGGCAGAAUACCGGGCUUCGGAGGGAAAGACCGUGGAGGUUCUGUAUAAGGGCCCGGUCGAUGUGACCAUACGGGACGUCCUGGGCGGCGUGCGCUCCACCUGCACCUACGUGGGCGCGGCCAAGCUGAAGGAGCUGAGUCGCCGAACCACCUUCAUCCGGGUCACCCAGCAACUCAACACCGUGUUCGGAAACAGCGGCUAGGCCCAACAGCACCGGCCCCGGCCCAGUACAAAUGCAUUUCUCUCUCUCUCUCUCUCUCUCUCUCUCUCUCUCUCUCUCCUCCUCUCUCACUCUCUCUCCCUCUCCUUCUCUCUCCCUCUCCAACAGCACUGGCCUAGCCCAGUACAAAUGCAUUCCUCACUCCUCUCUCUCCCCCUGUCACACACAUACACACGGUUACACGCGCACGAGCACAUGCGCACACGUUCGCCCGUGCGCAGACGCACGCGCACAUACGCAGACGCACGCGCACAUACGCAGACGCACGCGCACAUACGCAGACGCACGCGCACAGACGCACGCGCACAUACGCAGACGCACGCGCACAUACGCAGACGCACGCGCACAGACGCACGCGCACAUACGCAGACGCACGCGCACAUACGCAGACGCACGCGCACAGACGCACGCGCACAUACGCAGACGCACGCGCACAUACGCAGACGCACGCGCACAGACGCACGCGCACAUACGCAGACGCACGCGCACACACGCAGACGCACGCGCACACACGCAGACGCACGCGCACACACGCAGACGCACGCGCACAUACGCAGACGCACGCGCACAUACGCACACGUUCGCCCGUGCGCAGACGCACGCGCACAUGCGCACACGUUCGCCCGUGCGCAGACGCACGCACGGCCUAUGCCAUACACGCACUCUCCUCACUCACGGAGAGACUCGGCCUCUUUCCUGCACUUUGUCACUGCAGAACUCCUAUGCACCUCCACCAGUUCCUCUGUGCAUUUCCAUGUCUCCAAGAACCUGUUUGGCUAGUCUCAGUUAGGAUGUCAGUGACGGGUCACAUAAGCAUAAGCAGUAUCAUAUUUUCCCUUAGUCCAUGAAGCGUCCCUGAGAAGUAGCGCUGAUCUGGGAUCAGUUUUGUCUUUUGGAUCAUAAUGGAUAAGGUUUGGACAUGGACUGGGGAAACCUGAUCGACAUCUGCCCUCCUACUCUGAGAGGUUGAUAAACACCGGCCCAGGUUAAACGAGUAAAAAAAAACGACACUUUUAGUAAUGUUACUACUUACUGUAAGUAUUUAAAUACUGUACCUUAAUGGGGAUUUGAAGCAUUUUAGUAAUAUGGUUUGUUUGAUUUUUUACCUCAGAUAAGAUAUGCAGCUUUUUUGCAGCUACGAGGACUUGGGCUCAGCCUUCUUGGAACAAGCUGGGUUCUGACAUCACUAGUCUGCCUGUGGGACAGGGGUGAUGGGUCUGCAGUUCAUAUUCAUCCUUUACUCCUCGUAAUUUGACUUGAUGAUAAAGUGGUCACUGCCUCAGGGCGUUUGCGGUCUCACCAGAGGUGUUUUGUUUGGUAAUACUUGUUCAAGCACCCCGGGGCAAUAGCAAAGGACCCUCCCUAGGUUCUCUGUUGUUUUUUUUCAUCUUGAUUCAUGACUCACUGAGCUCGACAGACUAGUAAUAGUCAUGUAUUGAGCACUGAAGUCUGUUCCAGGAUUCUUUCACCCCUAGUGUUACGUUGGUAGCUGCAAAAAAACAACAUUUUAUUUUAUUAUCACAUACAGAUCAAUUUCAGAUCUGAAUGCAGGGCCAUAGCUUAUCCAAGGUAAAAAGCGAAUUAACCAGCGCCAUAUUAGCGAAAGUUCCAUAUCCCUGUUAAUUGUUAGUUAGUGGGUGUUUCCGUCAGUGGAAACAGUAUAGUUUUCUUCAGAUAUUCUUGUAUAAUCUAUAACUGUGGGGGAACAUGAUUGAUGCGAGAAACUUUCCCCCCCCCAUAUUUACACGGUUACUUAAAAAUAAAUGUUGGCUGUUUGCGAAUUGUCUGUAAAAGAAAUUUUGUGAGCUCCUGAUAAUAAUUGAAAAGAAUUCAGUUCUUUGACUGUGUUGAGCUUUGACUUGAGCACGUUAAGGAAGGAAAGGAAAGUGGUUGGGGGAAAUUGUCUAGUGUGACAAGUUACAGAUGGAGAUGGAGGCCUGUCUCACAGUGCAUCUGGGCUACUUCUGCCUUCAGUUUGGUACAGUAUCACUGUGCAGCAACUAUCAAACAUGUUCGCCGUUAAAUCCUUCAAUGUUAAGAUUUCUCGCAUUUGUUUUAACGGUUACACCAGUAAACUGGUUGCAAUGAGUCAAUCAAUCAUUUGUUCGAGUGAUGUGGUUGCUCAGAGACAGGAGUGGAGUGAUAUUUUAAAAUGGGUCUGCUUUUAAGUUAAGUAUCUUCUUUUUUUUUCCAUUACUUGCCUUUCAAUAAAUGUACAUUUUAUUGAUUUACUGUCAUUGGACCAAUAAAUGCAUUCCAUAAACUG